AUGACAGCGGGAUCGAGAAAACGUAGGCGCCCAGAUGGGCGGAAUGUCUCGCCGCCUCUGACCGCGUCGACGCUGCUCACCCGAAAUCUACAACUCUUGCCCGUGGGUCUCACGCAACUACCCAACGAUGAGACUUUUGUUAGUCGUCUGCGCCAAGAUAUCGAGAAUCUGCUUUCUGGGUUUGCCGAAGCACUGCUGCUCGCUGUUUGCACAUCCAAGUCGUCAGUGUCGCGCAUCCAAGAGACAGGACUGUUAUCGUCGAUGAUCGGCUCCUCCACCGGUGCAACCGAAAGCUCACAGCUUGCGUUUUCGGCCUUCUCAGUCUUUGCCCACCUCUGGCGGCAGAAAGGAUGGCACUACAUCCAGUUUGCGUUUGGCGAUCAUACAGAUAGCAAGCGUGCUGUUAGUGACGCAAUCUGUCGUGUGCUGCUUGAGCAUCUAGAACCGUACAUGAACGCUGGAAACCGCAGCUGCACGAGGGAGCAAGAGCUGCGUGAUUCAAUCGCGUUCACAGAUAUCAAACAAGUGUUGACGGCAGUUGGAAUUCCGUUUGCGCUUUUCCUCUUCUGGUCGACACAGGUGUAUCCCACGUCUGGCAUAGGCGUCAAGCAUUGUCGUCCAGCUAUGGAACGCAUACCGAUCGAACAGUGUUAUUACGAUCUGCUGCUAGACCUCCCAUCUUCGGUGUCGAAACAUUUGCAAGAGGAGCAGAGGACCAAGAGGUUUGCAAAUAGCUUGACUGCGGAUCUGACUGAGGUGCUCUGCCGACUUGUUGGUCAAACGCCUAACGACAAGCUUGCCGACCAAGUGUCGCCGCCUGUACUAUCAGCCGCGCAGAUACAGAGAUCCAAGAAAGGACAGAGACAGCCCUGGCAAGACCAGGUCGGCUCAAGAGACAGCAUCACGAAAAGCGAAACCGAUUCUGUCUUUGACAUUAUACCGGCAUCCUGUUUGGCGACGCGACUGCCUCGAACGUGGCCUUCAGUCCGUGUCAUGUCGUCCUUGGAAGCCAACAAGGAAUUUGGUCGAGUGGGUCGCCUUGUGCGCAUCUCAAGCGGAACAGUCGGUACACUCUCUGCAGGACCGUCUUCAGCGGUCCAAGUAUCUCACCGCGGUGGUCAAGGCUCGACUGCAGCCGAGUCGAGAGAGGUUGUGGCAGGUCUGUCGCGUGGCGACAUGGUGCGACUCAAGGCCAAACAGCGUCUCGCCAGAGCCAGCAUGGACAUUUCCAAGCUGCUCGAUCAGCACGGUGGCCAGACAGGCUCUGUGAUGGAUUACACACCGAUCCCGGUCGAGAUGUCGGAGCCGGCAGAGCCGGACGCGCUUGGAAGCGUCCAAGGUGGCGAGUGUCAGAGCACAAGGUAUGAAAUCGAAACGCCCUCAUGGAUCAAGAGGGCCAAGUAUACAUCCAAGAUGCAGCCUUGGCUGGAAGAAUCGUCGAUGCCCACACAACAGUCGCUUCAGCGUUCGUCUACGAGCAAGAGAUGCUAUCGUGAAGUGCGAGACAAGAUCAUGCGAUGCAGUGUAGACACGGCCAGGAGUGGCGAAGGGGGAGCCGAGACCGAAACAAGUAUCGCGGAUUAUGGCGAAUGGAUCUUACAGAGCUUUCGAGAGACAAGGCAUGAGCUUCAACAAGAAUGUCGAGAAACGAAUGAGCAGGUUCGCGCCCAAGGCGAUAGCCAGCCCGGAAUACAUGUGGUCGGUGGAGACGUACCAAGUGUGGAAGAUGCAGGGACAUUGACCAUGGCUUCGCUCUACAGGUUGGCUGCGGAACACACAAAGACGGCGGCGGUAGAGCGCGGAGAGAGGCUCAAAAGGAGCGCCCGAGCUAGUGGCUCGCCAUCGAAAUGA